UCUCCUCCUACAACAUGCGCCAAAGUUGGCCACUGACACUUUCAACCAGCAAGCAGACGUUAUCAAAACUAGCUGUUGACCACUAAGUAUAUCAAGGCAAAGACUUAAAUAACCUUUGCCCAUUUACACAUUCGAGUGCAAGGUGUAUCCCCUCCCUUUACACACCACAAACCUCCUCACUAUUGGGGUCUUCUUUUACCCCGGCGUUUCUCUGACUAACAUCACCACUUUUUAUGUUGGAGGGGUUUCAGUAUUUACGAGUUUCUCUGUCUGGGACUACGAUUUAUAGUUCGAUUUUUUUAUCCUUUUGAGAGAAGACAUUUCGUUGCAUCCUAUCCGCAAAGACCUACAUUUUCUUGUCUGGACUUUGCGCGAGUAAGAAUUUGGUACCAGUGCCCACUAGGUGUUUCUCCAGUAGCUAGAAUGGCUACUUUACCAGGAACAGUGCCUCGAAUGAUGCGCCCUGCGCCAGGCCAGAACUACCCCCGCACCGGAUUCCCUUUGGAAGGACAAUAUGCAGGACCUGAAUAUGUUUAUUGUGGAACAGUAUCAACCCCCCUGGGCCAAGGUCGGGUGAACCAGCUCGGUGGAGUGUUCAUCAACGGGAGGCCGCUGCCAAAUCAUAUCCGACACAAGAUAGUAGAGAUGGCCCACCACGGCAUCCGACCCUGCGUAAUCUCGCGACAGCUACGAGUUUCCCAUGGUUGCGUCUCCAAAAUCCUCUGUCGGUACCAGGAGACCGGUUCGAUUCGUCCCGGGGCUAUAGGAGGCAGCAAGCCCAGGCAGGUAGCAACUCCGGACGUGGAGAAGCGGAUUGAAGAGUACAAGCGAGAAAACCCCGGGAUGUUCAGUUGGGAAAUUCGGGACAAGCUGCUGAAGGACGGGGUGUGCGACAGAAGCACUGUUCCUUCAGGUGAGGCUUCAUCUGUGAGUUCCAUCAGCCGAGUUCUGAGGGCGCGAUUCGGCAAGAAAGAUGACGACGACGACAGUGACAAGAAGGAUGAAGACGGGGAAAAGAAAACAAAGCAUAGCAUCGAUGGCAUUCUCGGCGAUAAAGACGAGGGUUCAGACGUGGAGUCGGAGCCGGACCUUCCCCUGAAGAGGAAGCAGCGUCGAAGCCGCACCACCUUCACAGCCGAGCAGCUGGAGGAGCUGGAGAAGGCCUUUGAGAGGACACACUACCCAGACAUCUACACCAGGGAAGAGCUGGCCCAGAGGACCAAGCUCACUGAGGCCCGCGUACAGGUGUGGUUCAGCAACAGAAGGGCCAGAUGGCGCAAGCAGGCAGGAGCCAAUCAGCUGGCUGCCUUCAACCACCUGUUACCUGGAGGCUUCCCGCCCACAGGGAUGCCCAGCCUACCUACCUACCAGCUACCUGAGUCCUCGUACCCCGGCACUACACUGUCACAGGAUGGCAGCAGUACGCUGCAUCGGCCCCAGCCCCUGCCUCCGUCCUCAAUGCACCAGGGAGGACUCUCUGACGGCAGCUCCGCCUACGGCCUCUCGUCCAAUCGCCACAGCUUCUCCAGCUACUCAGACAGCUUCAUGAGCCAAUCAGCGGCCAGCAAUCACAUGAACCCCGUCAGCAAUGGCCUCUCCCCACAGGUGAUGAGCAUCCUGAGUAACCCCAACGCGGUGCCCUCCCAGUCCCAGCAUGACUUCUCCAUCUCCCCCCUCCAUGGCAGCCUGGAGUCCUCCAACCCCAUCUCAGCCAGCUGCAGCCAGCGCUCUGACUCCAUCAAGGGGGUGGACAGCCUGGCUUCCUCCCAGUCCUACUGCCCCCCCACCUACAGCGCCACCAGCUACAGUGUGGACCCCGUCACCGCCGGAUACCAGUACAGCCAGUAUGGACAGACUGCAGUUGACUACCUGGCUAAGAACGUGAGUCUGUCCACCCAGAGGAGGAUGAAGCUGGGAGACCACUCUGCUGUCCUGGGACUACUGCAGGUGGAGACGGGACAGGCCUACUGAAACACCCAGCCUCCGCCUGGCUCCACCCAGUCUAAACUCAACACCCCCCUACAGUACAUGAACCACCCUACUGCUGCUCCCCACCCUGCAGCCCAACCACUGCACCAGCACACUCUCUCUCCCCCCAGCAGGCAGUCAGGCUGUGUAAACGUUGGCUCUGCCCCUCCCCUGUGCCAUCCUCACCCCUGAUUGGCUCUGUCCAGACAUCCCAGAGACAUUGGCUCCAGCCAGCAUGGAGAACACGCCCCCUGGCUGCAGUCCAGUCCACACUCAGAGCCAUUUCCAAAUGUACAUUGACCUUGUUGUUUAUAGUAGUUCACUAAGCCAAUGUCAUUCAAAUGAUAAUCCCUCUUGUUUUAUAUCAAUAUUGUUUAUAUUAUUAUUGCUGUUAUGAUUAUGAUUCAUGUGAUUUUGUUUAUUAUUCCCUUCAUGGCUCUUUUUUGUGUCAGUGUGAAAUGCUAGCAGAUGACUGAGGGGAUACAGUGUAGUGUGGUGCAGAGUGUGUCUGUGUGUGUGUGUGUGUGUGUGUGUGUGUGUGUGUGUGUGUGUGUGUGUGUGUGUGUGUGUGUGUGUGUGUGUGUGUGUGUGUGUGUGUGUGUGUGUGUGUGUGUGUGUGUGUGCGUACGUUCAUGCGUGUGGCGGCCCAGUCAGAGAGAAAAGCUCCCACAUGAGAAAAUACUACAGUUUACUAUAGAAUAAUACAGUACUUACUAACGAAUUCUAUAGUAAAUUGUAGUAUACUGUAGAAUACUAUACUACACACUGUAGUAUCCCUCGACCAUGUGUAGUACUUACUAUAGAAUGUUGUAGUAUACUGUAGAACACUAUUGGAGAUACUACAGUAUUAUCUUAAAAAAAAAUUGUAGUAUAUACUACAGUAAUGUCAGGAAAAACACUACAGUCUGCAAAAUCACUACACUUUUUUAACUUUAGUAAAAACGAUAGUAUUUAAUUUGCAUAUGCCCUGCCCAUCCACCCCCCCCCCACAUCGUAAUUUGUGCCACCCAUAAGUGAAAACCUACAUGCCAAGUAUAGAACAUAUGUUAUGUCCCCUACAGGUUAUAGAAGAGAGCAGACUCUCUGAACUACUGCUCAGACCCCAGAUCUACCUACCUACCUACCUACCUACAAGGAGAAAGCUUCCACUUCUAAACUAUACAGUAUACUACAGUUCCCAAAAACAUAACAUUUAUUCAUAUAGUAUAUACUUUUUUUCUUACUACAGUACUAUAGUUAUCUGUAAUUCCUACAGUAUACUUCAGUAAAUGUUACAGUAGAUGCUACAGUAAAGUCCACAAAAACCCUACAGUGAAUACUAUAGUAUUUUUAUCAUAGUAUACAAUACCUGAUUGUUUCCCAGACUGCUGUUCCUCUGCCUGUUCCCUGAGCUCUAAUCUUAGUAAGCGUUUUGACCUUCUCACUUUCAUAUACAACUUGACAUUCCUAAAGAACUUGGCCACUCUGUGGGAAGUCUGGCUGGGCGGAUUCUACUGGGAAUUGGCAGCGGUUUGGCGGCCAAUGGCUUCCCCCCUCCCAACAUCUAUCCCAUCCUUAGCUGUACUUCAUCGGGAGGAGGGCAUUGUUUGUAAAAACAGGAUUGGGGGAAAUUCAUGUUUUUUUGUUUAGAAAUAUGGACCAUGCCAAUGAGGACUAAACCCCCUAUCCCCCAAACCCCAUCCACCACAGAACUCUAUGUGACUUUAAGAGGGUAAAGGAGAUUAAAUGACACAAACUUACUGUCAAAGCUAAUUCAAAAUUACCGUUCUCAUUACCAGCCACCUUUUAUAUUCUCUUAGGGUAAUUAAGACAUUUUCUAAAGGCACAUGCAGCUGUUUACCACUUUGGUUUGGACCAAGUCCGCAUUCCUGUGAAACAUUCCUCCAGGAUGGUUGAAUAACUCAGUCACAUUCCUUUUCUGCUCAUGAUGAGAUUAAGAGUACACAAGCUGUGCCAGUCACAUGCACUUUGGCAAAUUAAAUAAUCCAGUCAAUUGUGAAAGGGCACAGGUAACAGCCCUGGCUGGCCCCCUCUCUGGCUUUGACUGGAUACGCCCCCCUCCUAGUCCCCUGGACAUUCAACUCCUGCUUUGACCGACACACUCACAGAAAUGUACUAAAACAAACCAUUUUUUUAGAAUAGCAAAUAUGAAACAUUUGUGUAGCACUCAUAGUUGACUUUUGACACAAUCUAUUUGGGGCUGAAUUCUAACUUGAGGUACGUGUGCAUAACUCCCAUUGACAUCAGUGUGUGAUUGUUUUGCAAAAGUUGGAGUGAGUUAAGUAUGCAUAUUUCAAGUCAGGAUUUGGUCCUUAGUCGCAUAUACAUGGACAUGAUACAGUAGACGGGUAGAUUGUGAAUUGUUUGAUUAUAAAAAGUAUGUUUUAUACUAAAACAAGAACAAUGUUCAGUGGUAGUUAAGGCAAGAGAUCUGCGGAAGUCAGUGUAUUUUUGAUUUACUGGUUUCCUUCUGUUGUUUUUGGUUGUGUUAUAUUGUAUUGCUUUCUUUCAACAAAAUGCAGUGUUUGCGCCCAGCUAAGUAAGGAAUUCUGUAUAUUAAAUUAGGAAAAAAUUCCAAUAAAUUUCCUCAAUUUAAUAAUUGUAUAAAAGAGGUUGAAACUCAACUGAGUGGAUUUAAGUUAGUAGACAGAGAGAGAGAGUCUCGGACCAAUGCGUUUUGAUGGUGACCAGAUGGAGCCUAUUAUGCCACACCUGUGCAGCCAGGAGCAUUGGAAGGUGUAUUCCAGCACUUGAUCUUAUGGACUCAUGAUCUGAGUGCAGACCUUACCAUGGACCAUACAUAUCUAUCUGACCUCUGACCUCUCAGUGUGAAACAUUGUCGAGGGGCUCAGCAGCACAGCUUUGAUGCCAUGAAGGAUGGUGACCUCUCCUUUCUGGGAAAGAGGUUAGAAUAGAACGGUGGACCGACCAGUGUGUUCUCUGGCUAUGUGUGUGUACAGCCAGGCUCCAGUGGAGAACGCCUCACUGAAAGUAAUGACUCUGAAGCACUGAACCCAGCUGGUCUAAAAUAUCUGUUUAAAAAAUGCCCCAUUAUUGUGUAUAUAAAAAAAAAAGGUUUUUUAAAAUGCUUUUAGUGUAUCAAAUCCAUUUCUAACACCUGCGUUAAUCGACAUUUGGAUAUUUAAAUCAUUAUGACUCUUCCUCUCCCCACCUUCCCUCUGACCCCUAACCUAUUUACUUGCUUUAUGGCAUCUGUGUUUUUCUUUAUUCCCUUCCUGUUCCGCAUGUGUGGAUAUUACCAUGGUAUAAUUUAUUCUGCUGUAUGAAGUAUUAGAGUAGUGGGAACUUGUAUUGGUAUUUACUACCUUCAGCCUGUUGGUGUGUUUACUGUAACACUGGCGUAACUGUUAUCAAUUAAAGCUCUAAAACAGA